GAGAGAGAGAGAGAAACACCUUAAGAGGCAGCAGCAGCAUCAGCAGCAACAUCACAUGGCAGAUGAGAGGAGGCUGCUCUGGGAAUAAGAUGGUAUUUUUGAACUCUGCAAGCAAAAAGCGCUUUCAUAAAUUUUAUAUGGGAGGCGUUUUAUGAGAGAGGGGAGGAAGACUGGAGAAAGAGAGAAAGGGAGAGAAAGGGAAAAAAAGAGUGAGAGGAAAAGAGAGGAUAGAGCAGGGAGGAUAGAGAGAAGCCAAAGAAGAGUCAGUGGAGGAAUAGUACAUAGAGGUAGGAAGAAACAGAGUGAGAGAGGUAUAGAGGGAGGAAAAGAGAAGAGGGGGUGGAGAGAGAGAGAGAGAGAGAGAGAGAGAGAGAGAGAGAAGAGAGAGAAUGAGAGUCUGACAGCCCCACACUGAGAGAGACUGGGGAGCAGAGAAAAGUCUAUUCUUAUCUCUGACUGUCUCUGUCUCCUGCACCUGGCACAGCUCUCUGGUACACAGGGGCCCCAUGACUCUCCUCAAGUCCCAUUCCCCCAGCACUAGGGGGGUGAAGAGGUGUCAACUGAUCUCAGCCAAAAAAGGGGUCGUCUUCCCCACCCCCCUAAAUACAUUGGGGAGCUAGAGACAGAGAGAGAAGUGGGAGAGGCAGAGAAAGUGAAUAGAAAGAGAGGGAGAGAUGUGGGUCCCUGAUUAGUGACAUGAGCACUGGGACCCCCCAGCCUUCUCAUCCCAUCAGCAGUGACUGGAGGAGACACAUUAGCGCUACUCACCCCCCGGAUUGUUUAUUUCUCUAUGUGACACUUGGCUCAGUCCUUUCCCUGUCGGAUUAAUCACCAGUUCCCCGCGGAGUUGCCCCCAGGAUUAAACAGCGUCUCCCGGAUGCGCACGGGCGUCACCAUGCGGCUCUCAGGAUGUCACAUGAAUCUGUUCUUGGUACUUGUUGGACUCCAGAUCCCUUUGAUCUCAUUAUGCCCUACAAACUGUAUCUGUUACCCCGCUCCUAUGACUGUCAGCUGCCAGGCCCACAACUUUGGAGUGAUACCAGAAGGCAUUCCAGAAAACAGCGAAAGAAUAUUUCUGCAAAAUAACCAGAUCACCAUGCUUCACCGAGGGGAUUUUGGUCCUUCUUUGGUAACCCUUUGGCUCUAUUCCAAUAACAUCACCUUUAUAGACCCAGCCACAUUUGAAGGAUUUGAUAACCUUGAAGAGCUGGAUUUGGGGGACAAUCGUUACUUAAGGGCUUUAGCAGCAGACACCUUUCAAGGUUUGUCUAGACUUCAUGCCUUGCAUCUGUAUAAAUGUGGACUCAGCUCUCUGCCUAGUGGAAUAUUUAGUGGACUCCACAGUUUGCAGUUCCUUUAUUUGCAGGAUAACCACAUCGGGUUUCUACAAGAUGACAUAUUUAUAGAUUUGGUUAACCUAAGUUACCUUUUUCUGCAUGGCAACAAACUCUGGAGUCUCCACCAAAAUACAUUUAGAGGCCUUGUAAACCUGGACCGUCUUCUCCUACAUCAAAAUCAGCUUCAGUGGGUUCACAAGACUGCAUUCCAUGACCUCAAGAGACUCACCAUGCUUUUCCUGUUUAACAAUAGCCUAACUGAACUGCACGGGGAUUGUUUGGCCCACCUCUCUGCUUUAGAGUUUCUAAGGCUCAAUGGUAACCCUUGGGACUGUGGUUGUAAAGCAAGAUCUCUCUGGGAAUGGUUACAAGGUUUUCGAGGCUCUAGUUCAAAUGUUAUUUGUGAAUCCCCUGAUCAUUUGGCAGGCAUGGACCUUAAAGUGUUGAAAGCAGAAGACUUUGUGCAUUGUUCAGGCUCAGAAUCUCUUCACCAGAUUAAGACUCACACGUUCAGCACGACACAUCAUAUAACACACAAAGGCCAUCACUCUCAUCAUUCCUCCAAAGAGAAGGGGAAGGAACUUGAUCUUGGCCUACACCAAAAUGAGCCUGCAGCCCCUCCAGAUCGUCGACCGGGUUCUAGAAAGCCAGGGAAAAACUGUACCAGUCACAAGAAUAGGAAUCGCAUUUCAAAACCUGUGUCUGUAAAGAGCAUGAAUGAUCUUCAGGAUUAUGCUCCUGAUUAUCAUCAUAAAUUUAACUUCGGCACUUUGCCCACUGGCUCCACCAAGAGGAAGACUAAAUGUACAAGGAGGACGCCAAUCAGAAUACCCAGUGGAGUACAACAGGCAGCAGGCAAUGGUAGUGAUGGGGUCAGGGUGUCUCUGCUGUUAUUCCUCCUUGUGUUGGCUGUCAUAGUACGCUGAUUUUAUUUUUGUGGGAGGACAUGGAGCCACUGCCACCAGUUUCCAAAGGACCAGCGUUUCAUUUUUGUUAUUCUUAUUUGUUGUAAAUGGAAGAGCGAACAUGGAGAAUGAAUUCAAUGGCUUUUGGUGGUUUCCAGCUUGUGUCUGUGGAUUAUUAUCCUGACCUGGAUGCAACAGGAGCUGAGGGAAGCAUUGUAAUAAGCCUACUACAUGCAGCCCUAACUUUGCAUGUACUAAGGUCAACAACUUAUCGUAUUUUACAAAAAACAUUCCUGUUAACACAUGGACAUGCAAAAUGGGGCAUUCUUACAGAUAAUGACUACAUCAAAUAUUUCUGACUCUGUUUGGACAGGGAACAUACUUACAAAUAUUAAAAAUGCUAUUACCAAUCUGGCCUACUACACAUACCUGAGACAUUGUGUAAGUGUUCCCACCAGAACUGAAACUCUCCUGGUUCUUUUGACCUAUCCAGAAAUUGCUGGUCUUUGGGUCAAUGCUGCUCAGAAGACAAUCUACAAUCCCUGAAAAACUCAGGCAUAUUUAUCAUUAUAUAGCAGGGCUCAGCUGCCUUGCUUACCAAAGGAAGGUUGCAUACAUACAAUAGGACUUGAUCAAGAUUUUUCCUACAGGCAGCCUGUUUAUUUUGUAUCUGUAUUCACAUAGUUAUUUAAAGCCACAAACCUUUCUCAUUCUCUCCUCUGUCCCAACUAUUCAUAAUUGCGUCUUUAUCGUUUCUAUGGCUAUACCUAAAAACCAUGACUUUGGAAAAAGAAAAAAACUGUGUUGUCCAUUUUAUAGCAAACAGACAUUAUUGGCUAAAAAACUUUGCAAACUUUGGAACCCUGCUUAUUUACUGAGUGAUGUAAUAAUAAUAUUAAUAAUGAUAAUAAUACAUGGAGUAAGGCUAGGACAGUCCCAUGACCUUCAGAUCAUACCCUACGUAGAACAAAACUCCACGAUGCCAGGAAAUAACAACAACCAUUUGAUAAUAGUAGACAGGGCAUCAAAGUAAAGUACAGGUCAGAAAUAUAAAUAAUGAUCAGAAUUGUUAGAUGUUUGUGAUACACAGCCAUAGAGCUCCAUUAUCUAUCAUGGAGAUGACCUGAAUGGGAAAAGUCUUCACAACUGAGAGAUAAAGAGGAUACUCCUAACAGUGUUAGUGCAAUCCCUAUAGCUGGUCUAAAGGUAUUCACGUUGUAGGAUUAAGCCUCACGCAGUGACCAUAGGGAGGUCAUCCUAACACAUUCUUAUUUACCUGAUCCAUGGGUUUCUUGCAAAUAAAUGACAUUAUCUUUGAAACAUACAUUCUCUAGGGUGAAUGAAUUUAAGCCUAUUGGGAAAGUGAAUAUAUAUUUAUU